AUGGUUGGCAUCUACGUCUUUCUACUGAUGAUGAUCGCCAAGAUUGCCCACGGCCGAAAGAAAAGGGUGGCAGCUGAGGAGGGCGAGGUUCAAGCUCACUUUGGUGGGUCUUUUGGAGCAUUCACGCUCUUCCUCACGACCUUUUCCACCGUCUACUCCGGCUUCACAGUGACGGGCAUUCCUGACGAAGCUUUCUCGAAGGGCUUUGUGUCUGUGCGAUGGGUUGGAGCCACCUUGGUCAUUGUCGCAGGCAUGCUGCUGAUGUAUCCAAGGCUCCGACGCUUGGCUGUUGCACGGGCCUACAGUAGCCCCAUGGACUUCAUCUCGGACCGCUUCGGCACGGUGCGGCUGCGGCUGCUUUGUGCGGCCUGCGGCAUCAUUCCCAUGGUGAUCUACAUCACGGCACAGAUGAUCUCCUUUGCUGCCAUGGUCGAAGGAAUGACCUUGGAACUUGUUCCAAAGUGGGCCUGCAUGCUGAUCUUCUGUGUGCUGAUCCUCACCUUGGAGGUGCUUGGCGGAAUGAACAGUGUGGUCCUCACCGAUGUGGUCCAAUGCAUCGUGAUGAUCGCUUCCUUCGUGGUCGUCUCCGCGGUGCUUGCGGCGGAGUAUGGCUCCUUGCCACAGCUUGGGCCAUCGGAUUGCUCCUUCCUGGAACUGGUCUCCGGCAAUGUGACGGAUGCCUAUUCUGUCCCGGAGACCUGUGGACCAGACCAGACGGGUUGUGUGAAAGCGGGUUGCAUCGCGGCGGUGAAGCCGAACUUCUACGAGUUCCCGAGCCGAUCCACCUUGUGCGACAUCAUUUUCUUCCUCGUGAACAUGCUGGCAGCCCCUUUGCAGCCCCACAUGGUCCAGCGAGCCUACAUCGCUUCAAGUGAUGCCAAUCUUCGCAUCGUGAUGGCUGCCAUGCUGCUAGCGCCAUUCGUGGCACAACCCCCCGGCAUUGUCAUCGGAUUAACGAAAAGUGCGUACAAUUCCGCUUGGCCCUUGGUUGAUCAAGAGGCCACGGCCUUCUCUGGCUUGACUGCACAACUCAAGAUGACGGGACCUUUCCAGUACUUCUUGGUGACAGUCAUGACCUGCUCCUGCUUGGCCGCCAUUAUGUCCACAGCAGAUUCCGCCCUCAUGGGAGCCUCCAGUGUAGUGUCUUUAGAUGUUGUAAAGGGGACGCUGCUUCCCUCGCUCUCCAAGAAGAACGUUGUCCGGGUGGGUGAGUUGAAUUCAGUGCUCGUGUGUGGUCUAGCCUUUCUGCUGGGCAUGCAUUUAAAUGCUGACCAGAUGGGCGUGAUCAUUGUUUUCCAGAAUGGUAUGUUGAUGCAGAUGCUGCCGGCCUUUUGCUUCGGCUUGUACCUGCAGGUUUCGGAGCUUCCUGUUUCCGCCGGAAUCUUGACCGGCCUCAUCUCCUUGGUGAUUCUCACCAUCACAGGUAAUCCAUUGGAUGGCUAUGUGCCGGCGGUCAACGUCUCUGUCUUCCUGAACUUUCUCGUCGUGGCUGUGAUGGAACUUCUCGGUCGAUGUGGAGCCUGCGGAGGCUGCGAGAAGUCCACCGAAUUGGACGUGGCGGAAAUUCGCAAGGUCAUGGCGACUUCCAAGGAGCCCAAGCUAGUGCUGAUCGCUUUGAUGUUUGGCUUGGCCCUGAUCUCUGCACCUUGGUAUGGUGCACCAGGAGUGCAAGAGCCCAUGAUCUGGGGCGCACCCAGGUGGGCACUCAUCCAGAUGAUUUGCUACGUGGUGAUUUUCUUCCUCGGUCUGGUGACAUCCUUCCUUUGGAAGCCACCCACCCAGACGCCCGUGAAGGGCCCUCCCAACACCGUGAAGGGCGGGGACCGCGGGUGUGUGCUGCCGGGUGUCGACGACCGUGUGGUGGGUGUGGCGCCCUCGGAGGCGGAGACGGCCUCGACGGAACAGGUGGUGAAGAAGUUGGAUCGGUCGCAGGCUUUGUUGUCUCGUGUCCUGGAAAGGCCUCAACAACGCUAUGGCCGUCCGAUGAUCACAUCCCACGAGAUCGGCUGGCGCGAAAAGAGUUUGGAGCGCUUCGGUGUGAGCCAGCAUGGCAUCAAGCGGGACCCGGGCAUUUGGUCAUGGAAUUGGUCAGAGGCGGUGAGCUCUUUGAUGUCAUCGACCCUCAAUGAGGUUGAAGCCAAGUACAUUUUCCGGCAGCUUCUCGAGGGUGUUGGAUACAUGCACAGCAAGAAUGUGAUCCACCGAGACCUCAAGCCCGAGAACAUCUUGAUCGCCGCGAGCCGUGAGCUCCCGCCGCCGAUGUCCGGGACCUUGCGCGAGGUGAAGAUCGCAGACUUUGGGCUGUCGAAGAUCAUCAAUGAGGGCUCCUCCUUCGCGAAGACCUUCGUGGGGACGCCGCAGUAUUGGGCGCCGGAGGUCCUCAAUGUACAGAGAGGGGGAGGCAGCUACACCCAAGCGGCAGACUACUGGAGCUUGGGCGCAGUGCUCUUCGUCAUGCUGGGUGGCCGAUAUCCCUUUGACGGGAAGGCCAUGCCGUUGGAGGAACAAAUCCGAACGGCAAGCUUCAGCAUGACGUCGGCCGCGUGGCAGCGCGUCUCGGAGGAGGCGAAGGACAUGGUCCGAGGCCUCUUGAAGGUGAAUCCGGCAGAGCGCCUCAAACUGGAGGACUGCAUGGUUCAUCCCUGGGUUGCAGGCAGGUGGCCUAAUGCUUUCGCUCUUUUGCAAGCUCCACGUGGUCCUCAUGUCUGA